CUCAUUUGAGUUUUGCUUCCUCCUUUCUUUAUGAAUGUUUUCUCUAAUUAAUACCACUAGUGGAUACAACUGUAGUUGGAUUCAUUCGCUGGAUCUGAAAAAGUAUGAGAAAAGGAAAUAAAAAAGGGUAUAAAAGGAAAGUGUUUUCUUUGUGAUGGUUUCGUCAUGUAUAAUCUUUCUUCCUAUUGUUUCAAGUUUCUAGUGUGAACUCUCGGUGGAGUUUGUCUUUUUGCGCCGCACUGAAGAGGGAGAUUAAAGAGAAAAAAGACUUUUUAUUCGCUUUUCUUCUUUAUAUUAAGGCAAAAGGGUAAAGGAACGGGGUUUGUUAAUGCUCAACUUAAUCAUUUCCUCAUGGUAUUUGUCGGGCACUAAAUAUAACUCUAGAAAGGAUGACCUUGUUCAGUCUUCUGUCAUGUCAGAGUAUGAUUUGGCAGCAGAGGGAGAUCUGUUCAAAGCUCCUGAACCUAUUAUUGAAGAGCCAAUCAUGGAUAUGGAUCCCAUGACAGCCACCAUCUCCAUGAUAUCUUGUGGGGAAGAUGUCUCCUCACAGGGACUAAAAUCCACUGAUAUUGAUAUUCUUCAAAAUGAUCAGUUUCUGCAUGAGGUGUUCUAUGAAUGUGAAAAGGAUCUCUUAGAAAAGGCAGCAAUAGAGCCACCAUUCUCUGAGAUUCUGGAAAUCAAGGUUCCUCUUCUGAACAUUGAUGAGAACACAAUUCAAGAAAACAAGCUGCUUCCUGACAUGCAAUUAGCAAAGAGUGUCAGCUCAGGAAGUUUGAGCUCAAUGGACUGGAUGCGUGGAGCUGCAAUGAAGCCUUCUUUCAUUGAUAUCCCUGCAAUAGAUUUCAAUGCAGAUUAUGGCAUGCGGAGAUCAUUUAGCGAAGGAGAUAUAAAGACUCUUGGUAAUGGUAACAUGAACAUCGUCCAAUCACCCCUUGAGAGGCCCUUGCUUAUCAGCAACUGCACCAGUGAGGAACGCUUUCAAAAGCUCUCAAGAUACAGGAAUAAGAGGACAAAGAGGAAUUUUGGGAGGAAAAUCAAGUAUGCUUGCAGGAAGGCUCUUGCUGACAGUCAGCCAAGAAUCCGUGGGAGAUUUGCAAGGACUGAAGAGUCUGAUGUCAAGAGGGAAUGAAUGACUUAUAACUGAUUUAGUAGGAAGAAAGUAGAGUUGAGUAGCUAUAUCUGAUCAAGCUAUAUGGAAAAACUCAGCAGUAAUAUGUGAUUAGAACUUAUGUGGGGAUUCUCUGUAUGCUUGAGCAGAUAUUUGCUGAAUAAACCAGGCCCCAAACUUCUUGGGGUAGUUCAUCUCUUAUCUAUUGUAUUAACGUCCCUAUAGACGGAAAUAACCUUCCAGAUAUGUAUAUAGGUUUGUUGAAUAAUGGAAAGAAAAAGAAAGGAUUUUACUAUGUUCAUAUAUAUGAUGAAAUGACAAGGUAACAUCAAUAAUUUCGUUCUCUAA